AACUACUACUAUAAUCAAUUAACAAAAUGGCAAGAGGCCCAAAGAAACACUUGAAAAGAUUAGCCGCCCCAUCCCACUGGAUGUUGGACAAAUUGUCUGGAACCUACGCUCCAAGACCAUCUGCCGGACCCCACAAGUUGAGAGAAUCGUUACCUUUGGUUGUGUUUUUAAGAAACAGAUUGAAGUAUGCCUUAAAUGGUAGAGAAACCAAGGCCAUCUUGAUGCAACAACACGUCAAGGUCGACGGUAAGGUUAGAACUGACGCCACCUUCCCAGCUGGGUUCAUGGAUGUCAUUUCUUUGGAAGCCACCAACGAAAACUUCAGAUUGAUCUAUGACACCAAGGGUAGAUUUGCUGUUCACAGAAUCACCAACGAAGAAGCAUCUUACAAGUUGGGUAAGGUUAAGAAGGUCCAAUUGGGUAAGAGAGGUAUUCCAUACGCCGUCACCCACGACGGUAGAACCAUCAGAUACCCAGACCCAGCCAUCAAGGCCAACGAUACCGUUAAGAUCGACUUGGAAACCGGAAAAAUCACCGACUUCAUCAAGUUUGACACCGGCAGAUUGGUCAUGGUUACUGGUGGUCGUAACUUGGGUAGAGUGGGUGUAAUUGUCCACAGAGAAAGACAUGAAGGAGGAUUCGACUUGGUUCACAUCAAGGAUUCUUUGGAAAACACUUUCGUCACCAGAUUGUCCAACGUCUUUGUCAUUGGUACCGAGGCCGGUAAGCCAUACGUAUCUUUGCCAAAGGGUAAGGGUAUCAAGUUGUCUAUUUCUGAAGAAAGAGACAGAAGAAGAGCCCAGAGCGGAUUGUAAGUUAAUGACUGUAUAUUUAAUAU